UUUUCCCAAGGUUUCACACACACACACACAAGGUUUCCCUUUUCCUUCUCUUCUUCUCUUGUUGUUCCUUCUUUUUUGUGAGAAAAUAAAAAUCCCCACCGAUAAAAACACUGCCCCCCUCAGAUAACCAACAAUGGCCAACAACGCUGCUGGCCCUGCAGCCGCUGGCGCCGCCGGUGGCGCAGCUCCUCCCGCCCCACCCAACAACCCACCCCAACCGAAUAUAAACAAUGCAAAUUCGACGAGUGGUUCAGGAAAUAAUGCAAUCAGUCGAAAUAUUCCGUCCCCUCCGCCCCCGCCUGAAGCCCCCACCCCCGUCGCGGAGAAUUGGUGUUACACGCAGGUAAAAGUGGUAAAGUUCAGCUACAUGUGGACCAUCAACAACUUUUCCUUUUGUCGGGAGGAGAUGGGUGAGGUUUUAAAGUCCAGCACGUUCUCGGCAGGGGCCAAUGAUAAACUCAAAUGGUGCUUGAGGGUCAACCCAAAGGGGCUGGAUGAAGAAUCGAAGGACUACCUGUCGCUCUACCUCCUCCUCGUCUCCUGCAACAAGUCCGAGGUCCGAGCCAAGUUCAAGUUUUCCAUUUUGAAUGCCAAAAGGGAAGAGACCAAAGCGAUGGAGAGCCAAAGAGCGUACAGAUUCGUGCAGGGCAAGGACUGGGGGUUCAAAAAGUUUAUCAGGCGGGACUUCCUCUUGGACGAAGCGAACGGCCUCCUCCCGGACGACAAACUCACGAUAUUCUGCGAAGUCUCCGUGGUUGCGGAUUCCGUGAACAUUUCCGGCCAGUCCAACGCCGUACAAUUCAAAGUUCCAGAGUGUAAACUGAGCGAGGAUUUAGGAGCACUGUUCGAGAGUCAAAAAUUCAGUGAUGUCACGCUGGCGGUGAUCCCGGGGAAGGAGUAUCAAGCUCAUAAAGCCGUGUUGGCAGCGAGGAGUCCGGUGUUUGCGGCCAUGUUCGAACAUGAGAUGGAGGAGAGGAAGCAGAACCGCGUGGAGAUAACGGACGUGGACAACGAAGUCCUCAGGGAAAUGCUGAGGUUUAUCUACACCGGGAAGAGUGGCAACCUCGACAAAAUGGCGGAUGAUCUCUUGGCGGCGGCGGACAAGUACGCCCUGGACCGCCUCAAAGUGAUGUGUGAAGAAGCCCUGUGCACCUCCCUCUCGGUGGAAAAUGCGGCGGAAGUUCUGAUCCUCGCGGAUCUCCACUCGGCGGAUCAACUCAAGGCCCAGGCGAUUGACUUCAUUAACAUCCACGCCACCGAGAUAAUGGAAACCCUUGGUUGGAAAUCCAUGGUCCACUCCCAUCCGCACCUGAUCGCGGAGGCAUUUCGAGCCCUUGCCACCCAACAAAUCCCACCCAUCGGACCACCAAGAAAAAGGAUUAAACAAAACUAGUUUUAUUAACUUUCGGUUAUUGUUUUUUUAUUGAAAGAUUAAUUUUUAUGCCGUGAAAUCAAUAAAAAAAAAUUCGCAAAAAAUAUGAA